UAACACUGCAGUGCAUUGAGAAACAUAAAGAGAAGCAGCAAUGCUUUGCCAGGAAAACACUAUUCACUAUUGUAGCUGGGCAUGUGUAGUUUGUGGAGUGCUUUACCUCCUGCGGCAAAUGACAACACACACGCCGUACGGACGUUAUGUGGACACAAAAUCCCCCGGGAUGAUGGUCCCAGCCAAGACAGGAUGGUUUAUUCAGGAACUUCCAUCAUUCCUAGUUCCUGUGCUGUUGUAUUUGACAACAGAAAGUUUGCCGGGGAUAGGAAGACAUUUACUGCUCUGGACCUUUUGCUUGCACUACUUUCAGAGGACUUUUGUAUUCUCCUUGCUGACUAAAGGCAGGCCGUCUCCUCUGCACAUUGUGGUGAGUGCGGUGGUCUUCUGCUCUGUGAACGGUUUUCUGCAGGGUCACCACAUGCUCCACUGCACUCAGUACCACAGCGGAUGGCACAGAGACACACGCUUCAUUACUGGUUUGUUGAUGUUUUUCACUGGAAUGGCCAUCAACAUCCACAGCGACUAUAUUUUACGAAACCUAAGGAAACCUGGAGAGGUCAGCUAUAAAAUCCCUCGAGGAGGAAUGUUUGAGCUGGUCUCUGGUGCUAACUUCUUUGGGGAGAUCGUUGAAUGGUGUGGAUACGCUGUGGCCUGCUGGUCCUUUCCUGCUUUCUCCUUUGCUCUAUUCACUAUCUGCUCCAUUGGGCCUCGAGCCUACCACCAUCACAGGUGCUGUCCUGACACAAACUUUGCUCCGAAAUCUAGUAUUACUUGGAGAAAUUUAAAGAUUACCCUACAUCAAGAAAGGCUGUGAUCCCUUUCCUGCUAUAAAAAAGUCAGAAAUUUACAAGCAGAAAAACUAUUUCCAGCUCACGAAAACAAGUUUAAACACAGCACGAAUUAAGAUUCCGCAAGUGCUGAUGUUGCUACUGCAAGUCCUACUCGCACCCAAAGGGAACAUUUCUGAAAUAUUGUAUUUA